AUGGACAUUGUCCCCAUCCUCCCUCCACAGUCCUCGUCGCCCGAGACCGAUGUGCUUCAAGGCACUGCUGUCAAUCCACCCCAUGCAAUGGAACACGAAGUCACCCCAUCCACCCACACCCCUGCCCCGCUCACGGACUCCGCAUCGCUAACUGGCGCCCCUGCAUCCACCCAAGAUGCCCUUGAAUCCACUGCCGCCACAGACGCUCCUGCAACCGCGAUAGAGGACACAUCCGCCGCCGUGCCGACUGCUGCCGCUGAAGCACCCGUUGUCGAAGUGAACAAGCCCACGACAGAGCCCGCAGCUGAAACGGCCCCACUCGUCCUCGCCGCCGAGCCUAUUUCAGAGGACGUCGCUCCGAAAGAGGUCAUCUCAGCAGAGCCAACCGCUGCCGUCGAGACUGCCGCCGCCGCCGUGCCCGUCGACGUUCCCACGAGCGCCAUCCAGGAGACGAAAGGCGAGGAGAAAGUCGCCGCGCCUGAGGUGCUCGCGGCCCAGCCUGCAGGGGAGGAGGUGAAUGAGGUCGUACCUGUUGAAGAUAAGGCGGGAGUUGGCGAGCCAGUGGCAGCGGGCAUUAAUACGGCCGCACCAGCGGAGGAGACAAAGCCCGAAGAAGCCAUUGCCGCUGUCUCUGCACCUCACACCGCUCCCGAGACUGCUCCGGCCAAUCCUGUGGGUACCGAAGAGGCAUCUGAGGAUUUGGUGCCUGAGUCUGGGGCCACGGAGCAGCUACCCAAGGAGCUUGCUUCUGAGCCCGCCCCAGAGUCCACGCAAGGAGCGACUACGAUAGCGAACCUUUACAGCCCACACCCGCCCCCGCCACCAUCCCGGAGACGACGCCAGGGGAGCCCACUCCUGCUCUUGCUCCUGCUCCUGAAUCCGCAGAGCCCACGACGAGCACUCCCGCAGCCGACUCGACCACUGCCGCUGCCGAGCCCAAACCUGCUGACUCGCAGCCUGCCGCGAACGGCAUCAAGCCCACCUCCCCCAAGCGCAACGGCACGCUCAUGUCGAAGAAGGAGCGCUCGAACUUCCCCAGCGAGAGCGGGGAGAGCACCGGCAGCACCCCGUCGCGGUUCUCCAGCCUCCGCAGGAAGCGCACCAGUAGCAUCUUUGGCAAGAUCAAGGGCAUCUUCGGGGGCGACAAGGAGAAGGAGAAGGUGCCCAAGUAAGGUGAGGCCCUGGUGCGGCGUUUUUAUUUGUGUCUCUUUUCUCUUUGUAUCCCUUUAUCUCCUUUGUCUUUUUGUUAUGAAAAACGCUACACGCGAUGCACGCGAUGCCCCGCACGACUUGUUAUCUCUAUGUUCCCCCGUCACUCCCACCAUCAUCGUCCAUCAUUCCGUUUUACGAUCAUCUCGUUACGCUCUCGGUCAUUUAUUUCGCGAUCCCUUGGCUCUCUCGUUAUCGUCCCUAUUUCUGUUGUACUCCCCCCUGUCGUCUGUACUCUCAUCUCUCCCGCUCGCUCUGCCCUCUAACUCCACCAUGUCUUUUUGA